CUCUAAAUCUCUCUUGUUUUUCACCCAGUUCUAGUUAAAGGGUAGGCCCCCUCCACACCCAGCUCACUACCGAUUAGUCGUUAUGAAUUAUGUUGCAAUUUGUUGGCCCCAUUUAACCGCCGCUGUUUUUCAGCAGCUUUUCAUUCGAAAUGCCAAACAGCCAUCACCCGGAUGGGCCAAACUUCGCUGGUGGGUAAUUUCUGGGGCUGUGAAUUUUCGGCACUGUUUUCCGGCAGCUCGAAUCGCACCGAUAGUCAGUUAUUUCGCUAAGUUCGUCAGGACUAGCAGCGAUGGGGCGUCGACGUCGUGCGGCUAAAUCAAAGCAGUCCGCCGCUUUUGUGCGGGAAAAUUUUGAGUCCAAGGAAAUGACAUCCGUCAAAGAGGAAGAACUACCGAAACCGCCGUCCAUUGUGUCCUACGCAUUCCAGAAGGAAACCAUCAACAAACAGAACACCCAUGUCAAAGUGACGGAUCAUUUUAUGCCCAACGUCAAACGGGUUCCGAUUGCGAUAAAGUUCUGGUCCAAGUACGACUCAACGACGGCCGAUGCGCAGAGUAAGCUGGAAAAUAUCGACAAGUACUUUCAGCUGCUGGAGAAAAGCAUAACCGAAGGACCGAGGGAGAAAUACCAGGAACCGAGAACGGAAAACCAAUGCUAUGGUUGGCACUCGGAACCCUUCUACCUACUAGAUCCGGAAUCAUGUCAUCUUCACUAUCAUCCGAAAAAACGUCAUGAAAUUACCAUCGUCGGAGAAAAGAUUAAUGCAGACAAGAUAACACAACGACCACGGUUCACCGGAGUUCCGUUCAAACUUCCCAGUUGA